CUCCUCCUCCUCCUCCGCCGCCGCUAUAUGCCGCAUCCCCCCUGGGCCGCCUCAUUCUUUCUCGUCCGCCGCACUAGCUCCCACGCCCGGCCAUGGCCCUCUAGUCCGGUCCCCGCUCCCCCCGGCCCCGCUCGCCACGAUCGCGCUUGCCCCGCCGCCUCUCCCGCCCCUUUCCCUCAGCUGAGGCCGCCGCCGCCUCCUCUUCCCGCCGCCAUGGAGUCCUUCUCUUCCGCCACCGUGCCGCCUGCCACCCAGCCCACCAGAAGCCGCCGGGCCCGCCGCCCCUCAGCCGCAACCGCGUCCUCCUCCUACUCCUCCAGCCGCCGCCCCGGCCCAGGCCCCCCCCACCAGCAUGUCGCUCCUGGCGGCCCUGGGGCUGGAGCUGGAGCGCGUCCUGCUCCCAGCUAACGGCCUGGCCUGGCGGGCCGACCUGGCCAAGCUGCCGCCCCAGCUCCCCGGGGGCCACUAUGAGCUGCCGGGUGGGGGUCUGGAGGGGUCCGAGGGCCUGACAGGCGACUGUUACUGCGACUGGCUGACGGAGCGGGUGGACUUCGCCGCCUUCCUGCCCGAGCCAGCGGUCCCCUCCCCACCCCCACCCGACCUGGAGGCCAUGGCCAGCCUCCUGAAGAAGGAGCUGGAGCAGAUGGAGGACUACUUCCUGGACGAGACGCUGCCCCCGGACCAGGCGGCCCCCACCACCCCGCCCUCCCACGACCCGCCGGCCCCCGGCCCCUUCCCCUUCCCCGAGGCUCCCCUCGCCCUCGCCUUCCCCCACUUGGAGCCGCCUCCCGGCCCCGCCCUCGAGACCCUCGACUCGGGCUGCCUGGAGCUGCUGACCCUGUGGGGGGCGGCCGGGGGCGAGGGGCUGCCCGGCCCCCCGCCGCCCGCCCCGCGCCGGCCCCGCCCCGCCCCCUACGCCCCGGGCCCGCCGCCGGCCCCACCCAAGAGCGACCGCAAGCAGAAGAAACGGGAUCAGAACAAGACGGCGGCCCUCAGGUACCGGCAGCGCAAGCGGGCCGAGUUCGAGGCGCUGGACGACGAGUGCCAGGGCCUGGAGGCCCGCAACCGCGAGCUCAGGGAGAAGGCGGAUUCCAUCGAGCGGGAGAUCCAGUACGUCAAGGACUUGCUCAUUGAGGUGUAUAAAGCUCGCAGCCAGCGGCUCCGCAGCCCCUGAGGCGGGCGGGCUGGGGGGAGGCAGGGCCCGCUGCGGGGAGGGGCGGGGGGAGAGUAGAGCUAGCGCAGAGGGCAGGCCGAGCCCGGGGACCCGCACGACCCCCGCCUCCGUGCCCUGUCUUGUUACCCGGCCCCUGGGCCGGCUGAGGCGGGACCGGGGGACUUGGAAACCACAGCCAACUGGGGCCGGUAGGAGCUGGGGGAGGAGGACAGAUGGGGGCAACCGCUGCCCCCUCCGUCCCUCAGCUCCAGGGGGAAGAGGGGAGGAGGGGGAUUGAUGCCAACAAGAACCAGGUGUCGACUCGGGCCGAGGGAAGGGCAGGAGGACAGCUCUCCCGGUGGGGGGGGGGGGGGGGGUCGAUAGGGUAGUGAUAUGGAACCAACUUAGGCUAGCCCGAGGGGAGGGGGACUUGUUUCAGCUCCUAAGAUCGGGGGGUAGGGUGGAGUAGGGGGUCGGGGGUGAUGGGAACCAAUAGCCCAUAGUGCCCAGAUAACCAGUGCCCAGGGGAGGGGGACUGGAAGGGUAGGGUGAGGGGACUGGAGUGGUGUAAUAAAAAACCAAAAAUUAAAAAGGUCUGAGCAGUGUGUGUUUGGG